GUUUGCGACCAAACGUGUACAAAGUGAAAAUGUCCAUGGAAAAGGUUAUCAGAGAAGACCAGGUAGAGAUUUUGGAGUACAACUUCACUAGAAUCAGCAAGAAUCCUGAUCGUGCUACCCUGGACCUCAUUGCUGCUGAGGCAGGUCUAUCAGUAGAAGAAGUUCUAGUAUGGUUCAAGAAGCGCCUGGGAGAGUGGAGGAAAUCAGAAGGGCUUCCUUCAGAAUCUAGGUCUGUCAGAGAUUGACUAAAGCCCCCCCUUAUGGGGACAUCCCUGGAAAAUGGACAGCAGCUCAAUUAUUGCUUUCUCUGUGGAAUGUUACUCUCAAAAAUAUUUUUCCUGUUUUUUUAACCUGCUGCUUAUUUAAAAUGUAUAUACUAGAGGUGGAAAAUAAGUAUAUGAAAUUAUGCAUACUGAUUGUAAUGUAGACUUUUAUGAAACUUACAAAAAAAAGGUUACAAACUAUGCCUAUUGCAAAUACAGCGAUAAUUUAACGGA